AUGGGUACAGAGAUACAGUUUGUGAAAUACCAGGGAGCAGGCAAUGAUUUUGUGUUAGUAGAUAUGCGGGAAAUAGAAACAGAAUUAAACGACGGUAUCAGGAAAGCAAUGUGUGACAGACGUUUUGGAAUUGGUGCUGAUGGGGUACUGGUGAUCUUGAAUAGUGCAAUAGCCCAUUUUAAACUAGUAUACUACAAUUCCGAUGGAUGUUUAAGUAGCUUAUGUGGUAAUGGGUCCAGGUGUUGUUUGGCGUAUUAUUUAAGCAUGUCCCAAUGUAAGGAUUCAAGUAUUCGAUUUGAAUGUAAUGGUAGUAUAUAUGAAGGAGGUCAUGUUAAGGAAAAUAUUUAUCAACUAAACAUGAAAGACAUUGAAACCGCUGAUAUCGUAACCGUAGAUAAAGAUAAUUUCUACAUCAAUACGGGUUCACCACAUCAUGUACGCUAUGUAAAUGGUUUGCACCAUAAAGACAUUCGGGCGCUGGGAUUAAAGGUACGUACUGAAAGCUACGGGAAGGAAGGUUGCAACAUUAAUUUCUGUGAGGAAUUGUCAGAUGGUAAAUUGAAGGUCCGAACUUAUGAACGAGGUGUUGAAGACGAGACACUUGCUUGUGGAACUGGAGCAACAGCUGUCGCCUUGGUAACUCAUCAGAGAUUGAAGAUCAUGAAAGAAGACUCAAUCAACUCUUGUUUUUCGUAUGUAAUUCUGAUGCCUGGGGGAACGUUGACAGUAAAAUUUGUUGCUACAGCCAAACUGUUUUCUAAUAUAUAUCUAAUAGGUCCAGCUUUAAGGGUAUUUACCGGUGUCUAUAAUAUUUAG